AUGGUUGUUGUGAUGGGUCGUGUAGGCGACAGUGGUGACGAGCCACCACAUCCGUUCGGUGGAGGUUUUGGUGAUCACCAGAACGAUGGGGAAGUGGAGGCUGCAAGGGUUCAAGCCCCUACGAGUAUGGAUCAGCAGCAUUGGAAUGCUACUAUUGACCAUUUCUUAACAGAAAAACAUCAAACACGAUCUGUUGGAAACAAAGAAUGCCGGAAGAAGCAAGUAGUGAAGAAUCAUGGAGGGACGUGCAACUAUGGUAGUGCUUGUUUCACGAAAAAUUUGAAUAGACUUGAAGUAUUUCAUCGUGCGCAUGUGAAUAAAAAAGGGGAAUUUGUUGAUCCUUUGGUUGAAGACCAAUAUAAUGCCUUAGUUGCUGAGGUUGCUCUACAAACUCAUCAUAUAGCCGACUCUGGUUGUGAUCAAGACGCUAUUGAUUGGAUCACAAUAUUUGAGAAGGUGUUGGGUACACAAAGGGGGCAUGUGAGAGGCAUUGUGCCUAAAUCUUCUUCAGCUGUGAGUAUAAGUGCUCCAUCCAAUGACAUUCACAGUCACAAGCACCGUAACUAA